GACAAACCAGCGCCGACGAUGACGUACAACACCUGCGACCGACGCGUGUUGGUUUUCAAUGGGCUUGCUUUCGCGGUUUUCCCUUUAAACAUAAGCCGUUUUAUUGAGGAAUAAACACACGAAAUGGAUAGUCGGCUGCAGGAAAUCCGCGAGAGACAGAAGCUAAGACGACAGCUGCUUGCACAACAGCUGGGAGCAGAAAGUGCAGACACCAUCGGCGCCGUCCUCAACAGCAAACAGGAGCAAAAAGAGAUCGAGGAGACCCGAGAGACAUGCAGAUCGUCCUUUGACACCACGGCGUCUGGCUCCAAACGGAAAUGCCUGAACGAGGGCGAGGACGCAGACGAGGACGUGGAGGAGCAGAGGGAGGACACUGAGCCUCAGCAACAGGAGGACAGCGGUCCGUUCGAAGAGAUCUACAAGGACUCCAGCACGUUUCUGAAAGGGACACAGAGUCUGAACCCUCAUAACGAUUACUGCCAGCAUUUUGUGGACACGGGCCACCGACCGCAGAACUUCAUCAGAGACGUGGGUUUGGCUGACCGAUUCGAGGAGUAUCCCAAACUCCGAGAACUCAUCCGGCUCAAAGACGAGCUCAUCUCCACCACAAACACACCACCCAUGUACCUGCAGGCCGAUCUGGAGAACUUUGACCUCCGGGACCUGAAGUGUAAAUUUGACGUGAUCCUGCUGGAGCCCCCGUUAGAAGAGUAUUACAGAGAGUCCGGCAUCAUCGCCAGUGAACGCUUCUGGACCUGGGAUGACAUCAUGAAGCUGGAGAUCGACGAGAUCUCGGCGCUGCGUUCUUUCGUGUUCCUCUGGUGUGGCUCAGGAGAAGGGCUUGACCUCGGCAGGAUGUGUUUGAGGAAAUGGGGGUUCAGGAGAUGCGAGGAUAUCUGCUGGAUCAAGACCAACAAGAACAACCCGGGAAAGACCAAAACGCUGGACCCCAAAGCAGUAUUUCAGAGGACGAAGGAGCACUGCCUCAUGGGUAUUAAGGGCACGGUGAGGCGCAGCACAGACGGCGACUUCAUCCACGCCAAUGUGGACAUCGACCUGAUCAUCACGGAGGAGCCAGAGAUGGGCAACAUUGAGAAGCCUGUGGAGAUUUUCCACAUCAUUGAGCACUUCUGCCUCGGACUCAGACGCCUCCAUCUGUUCGGCCGAGACAGUACCAUCAGGCCAGGCUGGUUAACAGUCGGACCCACGCUGACCAACAGCAACUUCAACGCCGAAGCAUACUCCUCCCACUUCUCCAACUCCCACCUUUCUGGCUGCACGGAGGACAUUGAAAGGCUCCGCCCCAAAUCUCCGCCCCCAAAGCCCGAGGGAUGCAGAGGGGCUCCACGAGGGGGUCGAGGCGGCGUGGCAGGCGGACGUGGCGAGCGCGGCCGUGACAGGAACAGACCCAACUUUCGUGGAGAGAGGGGCGGGUUCAGGGGGCGUGGCGCACCUCAUCGCGGCUUUCCUCCGAGAUAAAUACACUUUUUUUUUCUUUUUAUAAAACUGAUGAUCGCUGAUAUAUUUUUUUUAAAUUGAUGGAUAUAUUAUUGUUAUUCAGCUGCCAAAAUAUUUGCCUUUUGUUUUGGAUCCAUACGGUAAUUAUGACACAGUGUAUUUUUUAUAUUCGCACAUGUCGGGUUUUAAGAGGUAAAAUACGGACCUUGAUCAGAUCUCAGCUGUUCGAUUGCUUCUGUUUGGAUCGAAUUUUCGUGAAAUUUUUUUUAAACUGAUUUUAUAAUUGUUCUUUUUAAUUCUUUUUCUUCCCUUAAAAAAAAAACGUCAUGAAUGCAUCGCUAUUAGUGUCGGGUCUGGAGAGAAAUAUUAAAGCCUCUGCGAUCAGACAUCAUGUGCAUCAUGCGCCGUCUGUUUCUCUCUAAAUAAAAUCUACUUUUAAAAGUG